GUCUUGUACCUCGUCCUCCCUCCCAGUCCAGUCCUUCUCCCACCUGCCCGCUUGGACUGGCCCAUUCUCACCAAACAUUACGCCGGCACUUAUACUACCCGCCAACCCAAAGACGGCUCCAGCCCAGUGCCUCUUGUUCCACUUUCCACCUUUCUACAUCUAACUCCACGGACUAGCUUCCUUCUACCUCUAUACUUCCACUUCAGGAUCAUCAAGGGACCGACGACGGAGCCUCUCUUGGCUUUUGACCUACCGACGACAUCGAUCUACGUGUUACCUCACAAACCGACACUCGUUCGCAAUCAACUUGACAGCGACAACCUUGUUCGCCAGCCAACAUUCAGUCGCAACAUAGUGGCUCCAAGGAAAAGCACAAGUCAACCAUCACCCCGGUCCAGUUUCAUUGUUCUCAGGCCCACUGCUACGGAAAAUCAGCCUGCGCAUGACAGCAAUAUCACCAUCGCCGAACCACCAGUGUCCGCUGUGCCGAGGAACAGUUAGCACCGACUCGUUGUUUGCUAUCUGCCUGUUCCUAAACCGGCCUCUAUCCCUGGACUCGUUCUCCUGUUCCGGAACACCUCACACCCACAGCCGCCAUGAUGGCAAAGCAAGUACGCUAUGGGGCGGUCCAGCCGCUUCAAAUCUACCAGGACGAUUUGUAUGACCAGACAACACCCGUCAUCAGUCAGGCCCCGAUGCCUCUCGCAGCAAAACCACCUCGUCGCCCUCUCCAGCCUGCCAACAGCAACAGUGUCAUGCUCAGACCACCGAGUACCAUGGCGCCUCUGCAGAAAUCGCCCUUGAAGCUGGCAAACGCACGGAUAUCAGAUUCUUCCUCUGCCCCGACCAAACCCCCUCAGGGUCAGAAGAAGCUCAGCAACGUUCAGAUGCCCCCGCCUGGCGCUUUGGCUCCGUCGACUGAUUCUUUGCACAAACAACAACCCAUGUCUAGAUUCAAGACAGUUGCUUCAAAGCCCCCAGCGCAGGAUCUCACCAACCUUCAGUUUGUAGACCAGAGCCCGCAAAUGACCAUUUUCCCGGCGCCCACUCAGUUCAACCUACCUCUCGAGAAUUUCUAUCAGAAACCUUCCGGCAAGCGAGUCUUGACUGAUUCACCCACGUCCGAUAAGGAAUCAAGGCCGGCGAAGAAACAGAAUACAGGCGAGCCUACACCAGUGCCAGAGCCCGGCUCGUUCUCUCCGAUAAUAGACGAUGGAACAAAACCUCAUCACAGUUAUGCAACGCUUAUCGGGAUGGCCAUUCUGCGCUCACCACAACGGCGUCUCACGCUAUCUCAGAUAUACAAGUGGAUCGCCGAGACUUUCUCCUUUUACCAGCUUUCGGAUUCCGGGUGGCAGAACAGCAUCCGACACAACCUGAGUCUGAAUAAGCAUUUCAUCAAGCAGGAGCGACCAAAGGACGAUCCGGGCAAGGGAAACUAUUGGGCCAUCGAACCGGGGGCUGAGCAGUUCUUUAUGAAGGAGAAGCCAUCGAGGAAAGCGCCACCUUCGGCCGAGAAUCUCCCAGUCAUGUCGACACGCCUCGAGCCAUCUCAGCCACCACUCGGAGUUCAGCCACAAGAACCCAACUCUCCGUCAUCCCGGGCCAACAAACCUCAACCACAGCUAUCACAGGCACCAUCACCACGACCUCAGCCACCUCAGGCGCCCCUGCCAGAUGAACCCGUUCUACCACCGCAGCCCCCUACAACACAAGCUCAACUGGCCCCUCGCCCGCCGUCAUCACAGGCCGCAUUGAUGCCUCUCCUUCCAGAGCUAUCAUCAGACGCCACGAUUCCCGCAUCCGAGAUUGGAUCGGUGGAGGAUGUCACAUAUCAAGGGUUUGAGCAUGGAGUGUCUAAUGACUCCAACUUGUACUCGCCUCUUCCUGCAAUUGUACAAUCCUCGCCGCCAGUUCCCAAGCACUUAGAGGCCCGGCACAGCACAACGCCUCCCCAACCGCGAACCAAAGGACGCCGCAAGAAGUGGACCACCUCGAUGGACGAUAGUGGGUAUAUUUCAUCGCUUGAUUCUUCCAUCUUGCGCCCUAGUCAGCAUUCCAACCUGCUUAACUCUGCAGAUCAUCCGCGUCUCAGUACAGGUCGGGCUGAGGAGGAGAUCGCUCGCCUUCGAACAUCAUCAUACGAUAGCCCAUCAAAGGGCCGCUCAUACAGCUACGCUCCCCCUUCUUCUUCUCCCCCGCUACGUCAAGCUUCGGCUACCAAGUCUGGCCAAAUGCUUCCGCCCCUAACACCGGCAAUGAAACUCAAGGCACCACCUAUGCCUCCACCAUCGGUAUCCCCUACUACCAACCUCCGGUUACACCGCGAGAGCGUCCAGUCUAUGGUUGACGCUACCUAUCAACGUGUAGCCGCCUUGCUCCCCGAGGAUGACUCCCUUCUACAACUUACACCCAACCCUACUUUGACUCUCGAUGAUAUGCUGUACGGAUUCGAGCGCGGGACAGAUAAUGUCACUUCGGAGAUCGACAUCUUCCAGGACAGCCCCUUUGGAUACUAUAACUUCGGAGUCUCGCCCGCUAUCAACCAGUAUAACGGUUCGCCGGUCAAGCAGUCAGCAAGACGGCAGCGGCCUGAAAGGUCGCAAUCGACCGGUGCGCUUACCGACAUGACAAGCUUCUCUCGCGGCAAUGGUAAUGAUGCGGCUUCUUUCCUCAAAGUGCCUUCUCAGCCAGUUGACUUGAACACUGGGACGCCGAGCAAAGUGUUUGAGGGGCUGCCCUCUUCACCGAGUAAGGUAUUUCUGGAGUCUCCGUGCAAGAUCAACUCGGCGAGCAACGAUAACCUUGAGAACCUGGAACCGUGGAUGACAAUGAAUGAUCUUUGCGGCUCCGACUUCCUAGAAGAUAGCGACUUUUCCGGAAUCGACAUGCUUGCCGGGUUCGAAAAGAUUGGCUCGACUCCUGCUAAUACUUCGCGGCCCACUAACAACGCCCCGACGAUAGCAGGCCUUCCUCCGAGGCAGGCAUAUAGUCGCUGCUACAGCAAUAUCUUCUAACCCGCCUAUUCUCGUGUGUGUUCUUUUGCUGGAUAAUCGCUUUGUAUAGCCUCGAAUUUGGCUUGGAACGCAUUAUGACGAUUACUACAACACUGUGAACCUGACUGCGUCGUAUACCUCUUAUGACAUACGAGCUUAAGGCAUCACGACCAUUAAGUUCUAUUACAUUUACCUCAUGAUAACGAAUAACCUCAUGUCGCCGUCCAAUAUAAUGGUCACGAAGAAACAUUGCAUCAACGGCGUUUACUUUCGAUUCACAAAAGAGACUCUUGUCCUUGCUAUCCUCCCUUUCAUCUUGCCUUUUGAACUUUCCAUCAACUCAUCAAAGCCAGGACCCUGCAAAGAGACAAUUGGAUGUUCUGCCUUCCUAUAAGGCCGUUGGUGCCAGGUUUCUGUUGAUGUUGCUACUUUUAUUUUUGUCUCUUUUUUCUUCGAACUACGGUAACAUGCCGGUUUCUUAGCCCAGGGUCAUUUGACACAGCAUUUCUUCUGUUUCCUCUUUUUUUUUUUUUUUUCGUUAGGUCGGUCUAUUUGCUCUUACGGCCAGCUUGGGAUGGGUUUGGGUUAUGGUCUCUUUGACCGGGUCUGGGACUGAGAAGUCGGAUAACAGGUUAACAGCAUGAAGGAGUUUCAUGUGUUCUUCGAUCGCUGUUUCGGAUUUCUCCAGCCGCGGCAUGGAUGGCAACGAUGGUUAUGGUUUUGGGAUUUCAAUGGAUCGGGAAAUGGAUACAGAGAUCCUUGCUUGUUUUUUUUUUCACCGGUUCAGGAAAGGGAUAGUUUUGAAUCCGGUCGGCUGACGGGUAGGUUCAUGUGCAUAGCAAGAGCGAUACGGCAUGGGUUAGUUGAUUGUGUUUUUUGUCUGUUUUAUUCUUUUCCUCCUGGGGUGUUCGGUCGGAUAUCAACGUCGUCAUGAGGUAUCGGCGACGCAGGACAUUGGUACAAAUUUUGAUCUCCCCAUCAUCUACUUUUGUUUUCUUUCCGGGGUUCAAUGUACGGUGCCCGUAGUAGCUCAGCAUGACCGAAACAAACAAACAAACAAACAAACAAACAAACAAACAGACACGAGUUACUACAGCGCCUUGUCCUUUGUGUGUUCUCUUGUUACAGCCCAUACGAGAACUUUGCUUGUCUAAACCUCACAACCACCUGGUUAUAAACAAAAC